GGAAAUUCGAACAUACAAUAGUCAAGAAUAACAAAUUAACUAUCAACAUGAAGCUCCUCCAAGCUAUUCUAGUGGCAGUUUUCUGUGCAACAAUCGUGUCCGCUGCACCACCAUUAAGCUCAUCAUUUUCAUUCCAAGAUUUCGCUCCAUCCAAAUUGAUCGGCGAGAUUGAAAAUAAGAUCAAGGAAAAAUUUUUUGACCUUGAAUGCGUUCGUAAUGUUAUUACCAAAGUUAUCGGCGACAGCGAAUUCAAAGCCGCUUGGGACAAAACCAAUACAAAGCUUGACAAUCUGAUCAACGUUGAAUGGCCAAAAUGCUUAGAAAUCGAAGAUUUUCCGACACAACAAGGAUGCAAAACCACCGUUGUAGGAAAAGCUCUCCAAGCCGUUGGUCUCUUCAUCAAAGACUUAGCUCUCAAAUCAAAAUGGAGAUUGAUCAAAGAGAUCAAUGAUAAGGUCUCAGCCGAAUGUUACGAACACACCAAUUUCAAUGAUUUGGAAAAUGAAGCCGACCCAUCCAUGGCACGAAACAUUGAAGAAAAGAUCAAGUGCACCAUCGAAGUCACCAGUGAAGCUCUGAAGGACACCGACUACGCAACAAUUUGGGAAGAAACGAAAAAGGAAUUGGAAAAGUUGCACGAACGCAUCAAGGCCUGUAAAAGUCAAGCAAGCCUCCUGGAAGUCGUAAAAUGCAUCGCCAAAGAAGCAAAUCAAUUCCAUGAAAUUAUUAGCAAAUUCUUCGGCAUUUUGCAUCACGUAAACAAGGAAACAUACGAGCAUGUCAAGAAAGCCAUCAAGGAAAAAUGCUUCCAAUGAAUAAAUCCGAAGAACAAUCUUAUCCAAAGAAAAUUUGAGAUUGAAAUGAUAAAAAUAAACCCAUAAAAUAUUGAUUGUUUUGUGAAUGCAUGAAAUAAAUGAAAACAACAUUAAAGUUAUUUG